GAAGCGUUGGCCGGAGUGGCCGGGAGCCCACAGGGGCCCAGCCUUGGGAGCCCAGGGUGCAGAGGACAGAAGCCCCCUGGGCAGGAGGAAGGAACGGUGGUGCGGAGCAGGUGGAGGAGAGCACGGGAGGCUGGAGCCUGAGGGGUGCUGGGGGCUCACGGUCUCUGCUCUCUCCUCAGUACGGCAAGAAGAAGCUGAAAUACCUGCCUUACAACCACCAGCACGAGUACUUCUUUCUGAUUGGGCCACCGCUGCUCAUCCCCUUAUACUUCCAGUACCAGAUCAUCAUGUCCAUGAUCGUUCACAGAGACUGGGUGGACUUGGCCUGGGCCAUCAGCUACUAUGCCCGUUUCUUCAUCACCUACAUCCCUUUCUAUGGUGUCCUGGGAGCCAUCAUUUUCCUCAACUUCAUCAGGUUCCUGGAGAGCCACUGGUUUGUGUGGGUCACGCAGAUGAACCACAUCGUCAUGGAGAUUGACCAGGAGCCCUACCGUGACUGGUUCAGCAGCCAGCUGGCAGCCACCUGCAACGUGGAGCAGUCCCUCUUCAAUGACUGGUUCAGCGGGCACCUCAACUUCCAGAUCGAGCACCACCUCUUCCCCACCAUGCCCCGGCACAACCUGCACAAGGUCGCCCCGCUGGUGAGGUCCCUGUGCGCCAAGCAUGGCAUCGAGUACCAGCAAAAGCCACUGCUGCAGGCCCUGCAGGACAUCAUCAGGUCCCUGAGGCAGUCUGGGCAGCUGUGGCUGGACGCCUACCUCCACAAAUGAAGCUGCAGCCCUCCGGGCGCCCGUGGGGAAGGGGGACCAGGUGGGGAUGGUGGCCAAAAAGGGAAGGGUGGGAUUGGUUCAGGGGGUGUCAUGAGGCUGUGGUACCUGCUGGCUCACAGA